AGAAAAUAUAAAUCUUUGGUCAAUUUCUGUAUAUAAUUUUUUACCAGAUAUGAAAUUAUUAGUCUUAGCAACUACAAAAUAUGGUACAAUGACUAGUCAUUUAAUUGAUUUGAAAACAAGUGUACUUCCAGCUUUCCCACCUCAUUCAGAUAAAUAUUUAUCACUCCUUAUUGGAAAUACAGCAAUGGUUAUUUGUCAUUUACCAUUGUCACAACCAUCAUUACCUACAGUAUACUUUUAUCAUAACAAUAUAAGAUUAGAUUUAACACAAACUGACAGAUAUCGUUUAAUUUAUAUGGGUGGUGAUGAUUCUGGUUUACCAUGGGAAAUACAUUCACAGAAACCUCAUUUUAGACAAGAACAUUUAAAGAAAUACAAACCAAGUGCUGUUAUCUUGCUUAUUCAUUCACUUCAACUUACUGACACUGGACAGUAUUAUUGUUCAGUAAGUUUAUUCGAUAAAACAAUUUCAUCAAAUCAAAGAACUCAUCUGGUUGUGACAAAACCAAAUGAAAAAAUUUGGACCCAUUUAAAAUUUUCAUCAGAUGAUUCUGAUUUAUCCUAUUUGUAUAAUACAGAUAAUGAAAUCAAUCCAAAUACAUUAACAAUACACAAUAAUAAUAAUAAUAAUAAUAAUAAUAAUAAUAAUAAUAAUAAAGAUUCAUUAAAUACAAUUAAAGAAAUCAAAAUUAAUGAAAAUACAAAUUUAACAUUAUUUUGUAUAUUUGAAAGUGCCCCAGUUGUUUCAACACGUUGGUAUUAUGAUGGAUUUAUGGAAAAUAUUGAAAUUAAUCAAAAAUUUGGUGUAUUAAUCAUUAAAUACGCUAGACUGGAAAAUGAAGGUAUUUACACUUGUUCAGUGGAUAAUUCUCAUUCGAAGCUUAUUGGAAAAUCUUUUCGUAUUAUAGUAAAAAGAUCACCAAUAACCAGUUCAUUAAACCCAAAAGUAAUUAUUACUGAAAGUGGAAAACAAGUUACUUUAAAUUGUAAUAAUAAUAAUACAUUACAAAAAAAUAAUAUAAUUAAUAAGCAUAAAAUACCAUUUCCAAUGUUACCAACACUUGAUGAAUGGAAUAAAUGGGAUUACAAUAGACAUAUUAAUCAUUCAAAAUAUCCUAUGCAAAAACGAUAUAACAAUAAGAAAUUAAACUAUUCACCAUAUAUGAAUCAAUGGAUUCAUAAUGGUCAAUUUAUUACAAUGAAUGAAGUGAAAAAUAAUAACUACCAAUUUGAAGAUGGAUUAUUGAAAAUAUUAAAAAUUACAAAAUCAGAUACCGGUAUCUAUCAGUAUAUGAAAAGUAAUCGGUAUACCAAUGGUAUUGAUGAUAAUCCUAAUGAAAAUGAAUAUGAUAGAGAAUCAGUCAACUGUAAAUUUUAUAUACAAUUAAACGAUGAAAAGUUUGUUCAUAACGAAACUGAUGAACAAAUCAAAACAAUAUAUGAACAUACUGCUGAAGGUUUAACUGGUCAUUUAAAUUGUAAUCUAUCAUCAUUACUUUUAACUGAAGAUUAUCAAAAUAUCAAUCAAUUAAAUAAUCAAUAUCAAUGGUCAAUUUUAUGGUAUCGUAGUGUAACAUCAAAUGAACCACUUAACAUUGAAUCAGUUAAUAAAGCAUCUGGUGGGAUUAAAUAUAUUAUUAGUAAUGUAAAUGAAUAUACACAAAUACUCAGUAUAGUUAAUCCUAGAAAAAUUUUUGAUGAUGGUCAAUAUAUUUGUAGAGUUUACAAUACAACAACUGGAAAACUUUUAGGUGAGCGACGAUUUCAACUAAUAAUUGAAUCAAACAAUGAUGAAGAUACACAUAAAAAUCUUAUAAAACAUGAAUCAUUUAUGGCUAAAUCAUUAUCAUCUAUUUCAUCAGAAAUUCAAAGUAAAUAUGAAUUACCUAUUAAAAGAAAUGAAAAUGAAUUAAUUUUAAAACAAACUAUUCAUAAUGAAAAACCACAAAUCAAAGUAUCACGACCGAUUGUGAAACGAUUGGCAAAUUUUACAAUGGCUGUACAUAUAAAAUGGACAGUUUAUAAUAGUCCAAUUAAAGAAUUACAUUAUCAGUUAGGUAUAAAACAUUUAGGAAAUAUUCGUCAAGCUAAAUCUGUAAUGACAUAUUCAAAUGAAUACAUAAAUUUAAAGAACAAAUCGAAUACAGAGGAAUUUUCAGUUCUACCAAAUAUUUAUGAUAAUUCAAGUAUUAUAUUUGAUUCACGUGAUCUUUUUCAACCACAAAACUCUUACAGCUUGCGUGUACUGGUUUUAGAACACCAACUAUGGAGCCCUUGGACAGAACCAGUGAAUUUUGAUAAUAUGCUUGAUACUAAUUUACAAAUUAUAUCAAUUGUAGCUAAUAAUAAUACAUGUCUCUAUAUUGAAUGGAUUUAUAUACAAUCAAGAAAUAAUUCAUAUACAUCAAUGGAUAUAACUAAUUUUAAAGAUAUAACAUUCAUUAUAAUCUAUCGUAAUUUAUCUGAGUAUCCAAUUGAAAGAAAAUCAUUAUUAGAAAUAUGGACUAAAUUUAUAUUAAAUGAUGCAAAACAAUUUCCGAUUGAUUUAUCUAAAAUCAAUCAAUUAGGUGAUUUAUAUAUACGUCGAAUAAAUGGAGAUAGUUCAUUGAAAGGAUAUUUACUUGAUGGAUUACAAUCUAAUGUUACAUAUGCAGUAUCUGUUUAUAUUGAAGUUACAAAAAUUUAUCAUUAUCAACAUCAAAAAUAUUUUACUCGUUUAAGUAAUGAAGCUGUUCAAAAAACUUUACCAAAUAUUAUUUCAUCAUUAAAUAAUGAAAAUAAUUUUCUUGCAAAUAAUUCAACUAAUGAAAAUGUAAAUAAAUUGGCGGAUUCAUUUGUUCAAUCAACAUCAAAUAUAAAGUCUAAAAUGACAGGACAAGUUGGCAAUAAAAAUGAUUUAACUGGUAAAUUAACUAAAAGUUAUCAACAUGACAGUUAUGUUUUAAUUGUAAUACUUGGUUCACUCGCUGGUGUAUUACUAAUUAUAUUCAUUGCACUAAUCACAUUUUGUAUAUGGUAUCGAUUACAUUUGAAAUCUCGAUAUCCUAGAGGCUAUUUUGGUGGCUUCAGUGAUUCACAAUUAACUGAAACUCCAAAGCAAAGAACAAUCAAUGAAUGGGAAAACUUUCAAUCUCAACCAAUUUCAACAACUGAUAAUCAUCAAACAUUUCCACGUACUGUAGGUAAUCUUCAUCUACAAUCUUUAGGUGAUAAACAAAAUCUGGUUACAGAUUUGAAUAAUUUUGCUACAUUACAACAUCCAACACAGUGGAUACAACAGUCUCAAGUACCAUGUGAAAGAAAUUGUAGGAAAUCUAUGGUUCUUGAUGAAACACUGAAGACAUAUUGGCCAAUUAUAAAUUCUAACGAAGCACAAGUAGCAUUUAUGAAAAAUAAUCAUGAAAACGUAAUACAUGGUUCUCCAUUACUUCCAAUUUACAAAGAUUAUUUACUGAAACAGGCAAAGCAUCCAUCAAUUAAUGGUACCUUCUCAGAUGGUCAAGAAGGCAAUCAAAUUGGGAGUUUAGAUGGAAUAUUUCAAGAUAUCACUGUUGGAGAGCAGUUCACUAGUGCAAACAAACUUUCAAACAAGGAUAAUCAACUUACAAAUGACCAGUCUUCAUCUAUCUAUUCACAUAUUGAUUCGGAUUCAACUGUCAAUGAAUUAUCACAGUUUCACUUGGAUAAAUUCAAUUCAACUUUAUCUCCUACAACACCAUCUGAUUAUUCAGGAAUUGGUAAAAAUAUUUUAAAUUCUUUACAAAAUAACAACAAUAACAAUAUGAAUAAUAGAAAAGAAAUUUCAUGUGAUUUCUCACAGCCAACUAGUUUAUCAUACACUGCCAAUUCAAUCUAUCCAUUUAUCAUUAAACCAGAUGAUCUUGUCAGUUUACCUUUAAUAGGACAUCAAGGUAAGCAAUUAUAUGCAAUAAUAUAUCAAUGAGAUUAUAAUUUAUGGAUGAUGUUUGAAUGACGUUCGACUGACCUUGAGAGUGUCCACCUAAUAGCUAGGACCAAAUGAGAAUUAUAAACCAAUGUGAGGAAUUAGAAUUAUGAUUUACAAUUGAUGGUUAAAGUUAGGAAAUACAUUUAGGGUUUUCAUCACGAACUGAUAUCAGCUGUAAUCUUAAAACUUUAUUUAAGCAAAUGGAUGAGUGAAUUUUGCGCCAAAAUUCGAGACCUAUUAUCUUUUACCUGAUUGGUUCAUCCAUCAGCUAUAGUCUUUCCACAUAUCUAUAAAGUUGAAUAAUUCCUUUGAAACGCACCAAAAAAAAAUGAAAAAAAGAAAAACUAACUCAAAAAGAAACAAUUUUUUAAUAGAAGAAAAGUUCUCUAAUUUAAUCAUCUAUUAAUGAUGUAAAAUUAAUUGAAAUAUCAUAUGGAGUUAUUGUUCUACAUAGAAUAGUAAUGUAUAUAUCAUUAUGACUUGUUCUAUAUGUAUCGAUUGAUAGUUCAGUCAAUUUUUAAACUUCCUUUUAGUUGCUUUUAUUAUCGAUAAAGUAAUUCCUUAUCAUAUUUUUUUCUAAAACAAAACUUUGAAAAUUGAUAUACUAAGGUAAUAAUUUAGUAAGUCUGUAUCUGACUCCACUUAGUUCAUAUGCUGAUUGUCAUCGAAAUCAUACAUCCUAGCUGUUUUUGUGUAUAAUCAUCGAGUUAACUCACAUUAGUAAAUAAGAGGAUUAAGUAAGUCAAAUAUAAGGAUGAAUUUUGAAUAUGUAUAUUUCAUACAAUCGUUAAUCCAGAGAGAUGAUCACAGAAACGAAGGGAAGAGGAGAGAAAGAAGCGAAAUAAAAUGAUGCGCAGUACAGAAGGUGAAUGAGACAAGUCGAUAUUUAUAGUCAAACAAAAAUAGGUUACAGACUUAUGAUGAACAGUGUAAGUAAAUAACACACAUAUGAUCAUAUCAAUACAGUUAGGCUUAAUAAGCGAAUAAAUGGUAAGGUCAAUAAAUGGCUUGAGAAGAAUGAAUAAAUUGGUCUUUCCAGAAGCUAGAAUAACCUAUGUGGGCUUGACAUAGGUACCAGCCACUACAAUAUUAAUUUGUUUUAGUUACUCAAUGGUAAAUCAGUAGUUUAAAAAUUAUGAGUAUGGGAUUGUGGAGAUUAUCAAGUUUUUGAUUGAGAUCAUGAACCGGUUAAUGUUAGACUAUCGUUGAAAACCUGGAAGUAUUGAAGGGACUCUUCGUUAGAUGACAGCUCAGUGGUCUAUAGGUCAAACGUUCACGCACGAGAUCCCGCUAGCCGGAUCGUGGAUGAGUAAACCUUUUUCACAAACGCACCUAAAUAGGUUAUGAAACUAAUAGGCAUAAUGAUAUGUUAAAACAAAUAAGAAAACAGAUAACUUAUUGAGAUAUGUUAAUGUUAGAAACAGAUAACCAAGAUAUUCAAGUAGGCCGCCUUUUUAAUUGAAUUUCAUACAAUUAUCUGUUUGAAUAAAUGUCCGUAAAGUACACAUAACAAAUCUUGUGGGACAAAUUGAAUUCAUUUCAUCUUCUAUCCUUUAAAUCUUCCAUGUAAUCAAUAAAUUGUUCAAGUGAAUAAAAUGUUUCACAGAUAUA